AUGCCAAUGAAACGCGACCCCGAUGGGCGUGGAGGCCGCGGAGGCAAGCGGGCCAAGGUGGACCAGACUAUGCUCGAGGUGUCGCUGGCAGAAGGAUCCCUCCAAGACUGGGGUAGAGCUGUGCUCUCAGAGUUUGACGAGGUGCUGGUAAAGGAGGAAAAGUUCAGCUCUGUCAGUGACUACAUCAAGGAUUAUAUAUUCUCUGACGGUGGCAUUGGCUACAAGACUUUCGUCGAGGCCAUGGAGGAGGCCUUUCCGGAGCUCCAUGGCAUCAAGUACUCGACGGAGGUGGUCCCUGGCAGCGCAGUCUUCAAGCUGUGGCAGUUCGGCUUCGCCCCGGAGUAUGGGAACAGCGGCUUGGCCCCUUUGGACGACAUGAGGACCCUCAUCACCCUCAUCUGCAGCAGGGGGUUCAAAACCAAUUCUGACAUGGCAGGGGUGGAGAAGAUCGUCGCGUGCCUCGCCACGGAGCAGAUGCUGGGCACGCCGCCGACGACGGAGGAUAUACCAGGGGAGAUCAUCAACGCCGGAUCGAUCAUGGAGGUGAAAGGCUGGAAGCGCAUCAACGCAGCUUUCUUCAUCGCGGUGGCCGUGAUGCGCCGUGGCCUCCUGGAAGAUAUGAGGGGCCAGCCAGAGGUCUACUCGACGUUCAGGGCUGUCUUCGCCAAUGUCAAGGACGCGCGCAACGUGGAGGACGCCAUCUUCGCGAAUCGCGAG